UCCGGCGACGAUUGCGGCUACAUAUCGAAAUACCAAGUAAUUUACCAGAAGCCAUUAACCGAUUAUCAGAGAAAGAUAAAUCUAGAUACAAUAAACUUAUCCAAAGUGAAAAGACAGAAAAUAGGUAUUUUGUAAGAGUUAUGAUAGUUGGUAAAGAAUCAGUUGGGAAAACGUGCCUUAUGAGACGAUUAUUGAAGGAUGACAUAUCUGAGGUUACCAGUACAGACGGUGUUGAUAUUGUUGUUCGUAGAUGUAAAAUUAACAUAAGUGAUGGAACCUGGACAAUUGGCAAAGAUAUAAAUGAUGAUAAAGUUGGACGGAUUAAGAGAGCACUACUUCCAACGGCCGAGAAUAUAUACUCUCAAAAUGUGCAAUUACAGGAGACAAAGAUUAUAAAUGUUAGACACAGUGAUGAUAUAUAUACUGACAAAAAGGACACUACAACCGACGCACAGGUUAGCAUGGAUAAAAGUGAUGAUAAAAAUGGGUCAUCAUUGGUAAUACAUAAGGAUUUAGCUACCGAAGCAAAUGUGAAUUUUGUUAAAAAACAGGAUACGAAUAAAUCUACAUUACUGUUAAAACCUGAAGAUUUAGCUAGCGACACAAAGUUUGGUAUUGAUCAAGAUAAAGAUGCGAAUGAGUCUGCAUCAUUGAUAAUGCCUACAGAUUUGAUAUCUACCGUUUUUUCUAAGUCAGCUGAUAAUACUCUUACGAACCUGUAUGCUUUAUGUGAAUUAUGGGACUUUGCAGGACAAAAAGAAUUUUAUGCUACACAUCAAGCAUUUUUAACUAGUAGUGCGGUAUACCUUGUAGUUGCAGAUAUGGAGAAUGACAUAAGUAAACAAGGCUUAAAUCAGUGUUUUGCCGAUUUUCAGCAUAUUGGAGGUGACGGUACCAUACAAUGUAUUGCACAGAAGAAAUAA